GACAUCCCCAUCCUCUCAUUCUUACGACAUAAAACGACAUGGCACGCAAACGCAAGAACCGCACGCAUCUCAAGGGCGGUGUCGCAUCCAACCCGGGCGCCGCAGAAGGCGUACCGAAGUCCUUCGUGAUCAAGCAUGGGCAGGUCGGCUCGUCCCUAGCACAACUCGUGCGGGACUUCCGUAAAGUGAUGGAGCCCAACACCGCUAGUCGCCUCAGGGAGCGUGCCAGGAACAAGCUUCGGGACUUCCUCACGAUGGCCCCCGCGCUCGGGGUGACACACCUGCUCGCGUUCACGCUGACGGACGUCGCGCCGUCGAUGCGCAUCGUGCGCCUCUCAGCGGGUCCGACACUCAGCUUCCGCGUGGAGCGGUACAGUCUCAUGAAGGACCUUGUCAACUCCUCGCGGCGCGCGCGUAGCAUGAGCUCGGUCGAGUACCUCAGUCCACCCCUGCUCGUGCUAGCGUCAUUCCCCCCGCCAUCGUCGACGACGCCCCCGCACCUCACACUGCUCAUGAAGACGUUCCAGUCGCUCUUCCCGCCGCUCGCGCCGCAGAGCCUCUCGCUUUCCUCAGCGCGCCGCGUCGUGCUCGUGCACUACAACGCCGAGCGCGGCACCGUCGACGUCCGCCACUACCUCAUUACAGUCAAGCCAUACGGCGUCUCGAAGCGCAUCCGCCGCGUGCUCGAAGGCGCGUCUGCGAAGUCCGCCCCCUCCACCGCCACAGCGCACGCUACGCUGGAUCUCGGGAACGAGAAGGACGUUGCGGACUUUUUGUUGAGGAGACGCGGGGAGCCGGGACCGUCGAGUGACGGGUACGAGAGUGCUGCGUCGAGUGCGUCGAGUGCGGGUGGGGAUGACGGCGAUGCGAUCUCGCUCGCGGACGACUAUGUGGGGCGGAAUAACAAGAAGGGCCAGAAGCGCGCUGUGAAGCUCGACGAGGUCGGGCCGCGCAUGGAGCUCCGGCUGAUUAAGAUCGUCGAGGGUGUGCCCGGUAAAGAGGGCGGUGUGCUUUACCACGAGUUCGUCAAAAAGUCGAAGGCGGAGGCCAAGGCGCAAAAGGCGGACCACGCCGCGAAGGAGAAGCUCCGUCUGCAAAGGAGGAAAGAGCAGGAGGCGAACGUGCAGCGGAAGAAGGCGGCGCUAGAAGGCGACAAAAAGGGCAAAAACGCCGGCGAGGACGAAGACGACGAGGACGGCGAAAAUGACGAGGACAUGGAGGCAGACGAGGAAAUGGCCUCAGCAGCAGAGGAAGACCUCAGCGGCGAUGAAGGUGACGAUGGAGAGGGUGCUUGGGAUGACGAGGAGAUGAUCAGCGAGGGCGAAGAUGGGGACGAGAGUGGCAGCGAGAGCGAAGAGGAGGCACCACGACCCCCACCCAAAAAGCUCAAAACGAAGAGCAAGCGGUGA